AUUCGAAAAUUUCUCCUUGCCCAGAAAAUCAUUUCACCAACCCCAUUUUCCAUGCAAUAAAAAGGGCGAAAUCUUCAUCUUUCUCUUAUUUCUUUUGAUUCAUCGCAUUCCUCUGCUUUUCUGGAUAUGGAAAGAGCUCGGCGGCUCGCGAACAGGGCGAUCCUCAGGCGGGUCGUGGCCGAGUCGAAGCGGCAUCUCCACAUCUCAUCUUCUUCCCCUGCAUUGGUAGACUCUUCUUCGAGUUUCAGGUCUGUCUCUUCUAUGUCUCUGUUGAGAUCCCAUUUGAUAUUGGGAUCGAAUGUGAGAAAUGCAACUGGGUCUGGUGUCGGGUCGCAGCUCAGAUCGAUAUCGGUUGAGUCGCUGAGGCCCAGUGACACCUUCCCUCGUCGUCAUAACUCUGCAACCCCACAGGAAGAAUCCAGUAUGGCUGAAACUUGUGGGUUUUCGAGUCUUGAUGCUCUUAUUGAUGCCACUGUCCCCAAAUCGAUCCGGAUUGGGUCGAUGAAAUUUUCGAAGUUGGAUGAGGGGCUCACGGAGAGCCAGAUGAUUGAGCACAUGAACCAAUUGGCAGCAAAGAAUAAGGUCUACAAGUCUUUUAUAGGGAUGGGUUAUUAUGGAACUCUUGUGCCUCAUGUGAUCUUGAGGAACAUUAUGGAAAACCCGGGUUGGUAUACUCAGUACACGCCUUAUCAAGCUGAGAUAUCGCAAGGGAGGCUUGAGUCUUUGCUCAAUUAUCAGACCAUGGUUUCAGAUCUUACUGGGUUACCCAUGUCUAAUGCUUCUUUACUUGAUGAGGGGACAGCGGCAGCUGAGGCAAUGGCCAUGUGUAAUAACAUCCAGAAAGGGAAGAAGAAGACAUUUCUUAUUGCCAACAACUGCCAUCCUCAGACAAUUGAUGUUUGCAAGACUAGAGCUGAUGGGUUUGGUCUUAAAGUAGUUACUUUGGAUCUUAAAGAUUUUGAUUAUAAAUCUGGUGAUGUUUGUGGGGUUCUGGUUCAGUAUCCAGGUACUGAGGGUGAGGUUUUGGAUUAUGGGGAAUUCAUAAAGAAGGCACAUGCUAAUGGGGUUAAGGUUGUGAUGGCAUCGGAUCUUUUAGCAUUGACAAUUUUAAAGCCUCCAGGUGAAUUGGGGGCAGAUAUUGUUGUAGGCUCAGCUCAGAGGUUUGGUGUUCCAAUGGGGUAUGGGGGCCCUCAUGCAGCAUUCUUGGCUACUUCCCAAGAGUACAAAAGGAUGAUGCCAGGAAGAAUUAUUGGCGUCAGCAUUGAUUCGAGUGGAAAGCCUGCUCUGCGAAUGGCAAUGCAGACAAGGGAGCAACAUAUCCGAAGGGACAAAGCCACCAGCAAUAUCUGCACUGCUCAGGCAUUGCUUGCAAACAUGUCUGCUAUGUAUGCGGUUUAUCAUGGACCAGAAGGCCUUAAGACAAUUGCACAAAGGGUUCAUGGUCUAGCAGCAACUUUUGCUUAUGGUUUGAAGAAGCUUGGCACAGUGGAUCCUCAGGGAAUUCCCUUCUUUGACACUGUGAAGAUCAAGUGUUCUGAUUCAAGGGCGAUUGCUGAUGCUGCUUACAAGAAGGAAAUGAAUUUGCGGAUUUUGGACUCAAAUACUAUAACUGUUUCUUUUGAUGAGACAACAACAUUAGAGGAUGUGGACAAGCUUUUCAAAGUGUUCUCUUGUGGCAAGCCAGUGACCUUCACCGCUGCAUCUCUUGCACCAGAGGUUGAUACCAUGAUCCCACCUGGGCUUGUAAGAGAAAGUUCAUAUUUGACUCAUCCAAUCUUCAACUCGUACCACACGGAGCAUGAGCUACUCAGAUACAUUCAUAGAUUGCAAGCGAAGGAUCUCUCUUUAUGCCACAGUAUGAUUCCUCUGGGAUCUUGUACUAUGAAAUUGAAUGCAACAACUGAGAUGAUGCCAGUGACUUGGCCUAGCUUUGCUAACAUCCACCCUUUUGCUCCUAUUGACCAAGCCCAGGGGUAUCAGGAGAUGUUCAAUGAUUUGGGUGAACUAUUGUGUACCAUCACUGGAUUCGACUCGUUCUCUCUGCAACCUAAUGCUGGUGCUGCAGGGGAGUAUGCUGGGCUAAUGGUUAUCCGUGCUUACCAUCUGGCUAGAGGAGAUCAUCACCGCAACGUGUGCAUUAUACCUGUCUCUGCACACGGGACCAACCCUGCCAGUGCAGCAAUGUGUGGAAUGAAAAUUGUUGCUGUUGGAACUGAUGCCAAAGGCAACAUCAACAUCGAGGAGUUAAGAAAGGCAGCUGAAGCAAAUAGGGACAAUCUAUCUGCUCUUAUGGUCACUUAUCCUUCGACCCACGGUGUCUACGAGGAAGGUAUUGAUGAGAUAUGCAAGAUAAUUCAUGAGAAUGGGGGUCAAGUUUACAUGGAUGGAGCUAACAUGAAUGCACAGGUUGGUUUGACAAGCCCAGGUUGGAUUGGAGCAGAUGUCUGCCAUCUUAAUCUUCAUAAGACAUUUUGCAUUCCCCAUGGUGGAGGUGGUCCAGGCAUGGGUCCCAUUGGUGUGAAGAAACACUUGGCACCAUUUCUACCAGCACAUCCUGUGGUUCCCACAGGGGGCAUACCAUCAUCAGAAAAUGCUCAGCCACUGGGUACUAUCUCUGCUGCACCUUGGGGCUCUGCACUUAUUUUGCCGAUUUCAUACACCUACAUUGCCAUGAUGGGGUCUAAGGGACUCACUGAAGCCUCAAAGAUUGCGAUCCUGAAAGCAAACUACAUGGCCAAACGCUUGGAGGACCAUUACCCAAUCCUUUUCCGUGGCAUCAAUGGCACGGUUGCCCAUGAAUUCAUAAUUGAUUUAAGGGGCUUCAAGAAUACUGCUGGAAUAGAGCCUGAAGAUGUUGCUAAACGUCUCAUGGAUUAUGGGUUCCAUGGGCCAACAAUGUCCUGGCCAGUACCAGGAACACUCAUGAUUGAACCCACUGAAAGUGAAAGCAAGGCAGAGUUAGACAGAUUUUGUGAUGCCCUGAUAUCCAUCAGAGAGGAAAUUGCUCAGAUUGAGAAAGGGAAAGCUGAUCCUAACAACAAUGUUCUCAAGGGUGCUCCACAUCCACAAUCACUCCUGAUGCAGGAUGCAUGGACAAAACCGUAUUCACGGGAAUAUGCAGCCUUUCCAGCUUCCUGGCUCCGAGCAGCCAAGUUCUGGCCUUCAACUGGACGUGUGGACAAUGUGUAUGGUGACCGCAACCUCACUUGUACCCUUCUUUCACCAUCCCAGGCAGCGGAAGAACAGAAGGCGGCAGCUACAUCAUAGGCCUUUGACUUUCCCCAUUUAUAUGGCAUUUUUCUCAUAAACAGGCAGUGAUCUCCUUUCAAAUUGUACAUGUAACAUUCCAGAGGGGCUGCUUGCUUCAGUAACACAUCUUUUACUGAUGGCAGCUCCAUCAUCAUCGUCCAGCUUUCAUUUUUCUCUUCUCACUGCUUAUCCAUUGAAACCGUGUCAUUACAAAGUUAUGAACAGAAAAAAAGAAAAAAAAAGAACAUAGAUUUUAUUUUU